AGUAUCUUAGAUUUGUAGACAAACGUCCAAUAGACGACGUGCCGCUCAGUACGCUUUUCAGCGUGCUCGUUCACGUAUCUGAACGCGCGAGCCAUUGAAACUAGUCCGGACUUGUGGGCAGAAAGUAGCAGACCACCAACCAGAAGCUGCACAAAUGGCAGAGUGGAACGCAUACUACCGGAAUGAGGAUGAGGAGGAAGAGCAGGAGGAAGGAGAGCAAUCUGGAGGAGAUUACUACAAGACAGGGAGAGACAGUUUGGUCUUCCUGGUUGAUGCUUCCAGGGAAAUGUUUGUCAAAGGAGAAGACGGACAGCCCUCCAACUUUGACAUGACCAUGCAGGUUUUGCGCAGUGUUUACACCAAGAAGAUCAUCAGAAGUCACAGGGACUUGGUGGCUUUAGUUUUCUACGGCACAGAGCAGAGCAAAAAUCCGAGGAACUCAUUCAAGCACGUCUACGUGUACCAUGACCUUGAUGAACCUGGUGCAAAGCGAGUGCAGGAAAUAGACGCUCUCCGGGGAGAAAAAGGUGCCAAGCUAGCAGCAGAGACCAUGGGCAGCGGAGAGACAUCAUUAGGCGACGCCCUGUGGUGCUGUGCCAACCUUUACAGUGACAUCAAGCUACGCCUCUCUCACAAGCGGCUCAUGAUCUUCACCUGCAGGGAUGAACCACAUGGGGGCGACAAUACAAAGGAUCGACAGGCUCGCACCAAGGCCAAUGACCUCAAAGAGACUGGUGUUGUCAUAGACUUACUGCAUCUGAUGAAACCGGGUGGCUUCGAUGUCUCACGCUUUUUUCGUGACAUUGUAAGUCCUCCGGAGGAUGAGAGCGAGUUGGGACUGCAGCUGGAGCCUAGUGACAAGCUGGAGGGACUCCAGAAGCGGGUGUGGGCCAAAGAGCAGACAAAGCGAACCCAGGCCAGGUUAAACCUGUGUCUGGGUGAGGGCUUAAACGUUGCUGUGGGAAUUUAUUCAACAGCUGUUUCGGCUAGGAAACCAUCAGCCUGUAGACUUUACAGGGAAACCAACGAGCCGGUCCAUAGCAAAACUCGAACCUUCCACACCCAGACAGGCAGCCUGCUGCUGCCCAGUGAGAUAAAGAAAGCCCAGACGUUCGGUAAGAGGCAAAUAGUAAUGGAGAGGGACGAGGUGGACGCCAUCAGGAAGUUUGAAGAUCCUGGAUUGUUUCUGAUCGGCUUCAAACCGAUGGAAAAGCUCAAAAUUCACCACCAUAUCCGACCUGCUGUCUUCCUCUAUCCUGAGGAGGGUGAAGUGAAAGGCAGUGCGUGUCUGUUCUCUGCUUUGAUGAAGAAGUGCAGUGAGAGGAAUGUGUUCGCUCUGUGUCGCUGUGUUUCUCGCCGAAAUUACACACCUCGAUUUGUUGCCCUGGUGCCACAGAAAGAAGAGGUGGACGAGGGGAAAGUACAGGUUACACCACCAGGUUUUAACGUCAUCUUCCUGCCAUAUGCCGACGACAUGCGGACUCUGGAUCCUCCCCAGUGCCCAUCUGCCUCACAAGUACAGGUGGACAAGAUGAAGGAGAUCGUCUCCAAGCUGCGCUUUAAAUACAGGAGUGAGGCCUUUGAGAAUCCAGUGAUCCAGCAGCAUUACAGGAAUCUGGAGGCCUUGGCUCUGGAUAUGAUGGUUCCAGAGGAAACAGAGGACCUCAUCAUGCCAAAGGUUGAGCAGAUUAACAGCCGACUGGGUCCUUUGGCUCAGGAGUUUAAAGAUCUGGUCUACCCUGCGGACUACAACCCUGAGGGCAAACCAGCUGCCAAACGCAAAACAGCUGAUGCCGGAGGCGCAGCUGAGAAAAAGCCCAAAGUGGAGGUGCCAGAAGACGAGCUGAGGGCCCACGUGCAGAACGGCACCCUGGGAAAGCUAACUGUGCCCGUGCUGAAGGAGGCCUGUAAACAGUUUGGGGUUCGGACCACUGGGACCAAGAAGCAGGAGCUGAUAGAUGCUUUGAUUGCCCGGCUGGGCCCAUGAGGAGUUAGAGGUUCUCCUCACUGUGCCUUCAUGAGCUUGUUCAGAUCAGUGUGUGUUCAGGCCCAGUCCACAAUCCCAGUUCUGGUACAUUUUGCAAUUCAUUUUAAAGGCAGAUAACGGUUUUAAAAGUCACUGUGUGACCUGUAAUUUGGGACAGACAGGACACUGAUGAGAGUUCAAUAAAGGGUUUCCUGUUGUGUUUGACCAGAUUGAAUAUACCUUUUUUAAAAGGCAGCAUGGUGCAGUGCAGCUCACUGCUAAUGUCUGCAGUUUGUUUGUCAGUUCCACAUUACAUGAAUAAUGUUUGAAUGGAAAAAAGAAGUGAUUUUCAUGUAACCAAGAUCUCUAAAACUGGUUAAUGUGGGUAACAAUAUAUUGAAAAAGUCUUGUGUGCAUUAGAAUACACUGUACUGUAAACAUAGUCAUAAAAAUACUCCUAACUACUUAUGGCACCUGUUGAUAGUCUUGCAUUUACUUUAAUAAAACAAAAUCUUUUACAGCUCUA